AUGAAGAUCAAAGAUUUCUUCGAUUGGAUUGAGAACAAACUAAAGAAUCAUAAUGUUUUUAUACCAGAUGAAGAUGACUAUGAAGAUGAGAAUGAUGAACCACAAGAUCCAGCAAUUGUUCUAAAACAUCAACUAUAUGCUACUCGAUUAUAUACUAUACUUUUCAUUGUAUUGAUUUUUAUCUUUGCUCUUAUUGCUUUUACGAACCCACAAUCUCAAUUAGUUACUAUUUCAAAUAUCACUCCAUCGCUCUUCAAUGAACUUCGACUUGAACAUGAUGAAACACUUUCAUGUCCGUGUUCGAAUUCAAUUAUUUCAUACAACAAAUUCGUUUCAAACCAUGCCACAUUUCAUCCGAUCUGUGAGAGUCUAUUCGUUAGUGAAAAAUGGAUUCAAGCACUUUAUGAUCCAAUGGCAAGUAAAUACUUAAUAAUGGAUUUUCGAACGACGGCUCAUGCUCAGUUCAAAUUUCUGGCCAAUUUUUGUUCACUUUCAAAAGAUACAGUUUCUCAAACUCUAGUCGAUCUUGAACAUACUCAAUUCUUCAGUAAUGAACUCCUUCCGGAACACGAUGUUCAAUCUGAAGUGAAGAAAACAGUUGAAGUGGCUGUUUUGAAUUCUUCUAUUCAAGUCACUCCGCUCUUACAACUCACCCAAAUAAUAACACAAUCAGAUGCUAUGGUUUCAGGGCUCAACACAAAUGUGUUAUUUAGGGUAGUUCAUUUCAGUUCAAUAUCCGAAAAACAGCGAAUCAGUACAAAGUGUACCGGAGAUCAUGAACUUCACAAUCCAAAACUUGUCAGAAUCUGUGACCAUAUAGGUUCUGUCACUCCAGCUGGUUUCUACGCAGAAGCAUUUGAUAAAAUUGCCCUUUAUCACGAUCAGUGGCCUAUGAAUUCUUCUUUCAGGCCGAUUGCUGUAUCGACAGUAGAUGGAUUUUUUGGAGGAUGUACUGCUCUUAAUGCUACUCUGGCAAGCACAUUUGAUUGUUUGUACAAUAUCAAAUGUCUUGAAAAUUUUACUGAUUACUUUCCAAAUCUCACUAAAAUGCGAUUAAAUUGGAGUGAUUCUGUUUUAACUUCAAUUUCCAUUGUCAUUCUUGUUGUUUUUACUUUAUUGAAUACCAGAACUAUAACAGCAACUGAAUCAAGUCCGUCAUUAGAUAAAUACAAACAAUUGCAACUUGAAUAUCCAAAUACAACCAAAUGUCCGUGUUCACAUAGUGAAAAUCGCUAUGAGACAUUUGUUUCGUUCUAUCAUAGAUUACAUCAAGUGUGUUCGAGUGAUUUUGUCAAUGAUUCUUGGAUUUCAAUGUUGGCACUUCUCGGUUCUGACAAAGAUGUUUUUGAUUGGGAACAUUCAGCUGCUUCAGGCUUUCGAUUAAUAUCGAAUCUUUGUCAGUUGGCUCAGAAAACAAUAAAUGAUACUGUUCAACGUUUAAGUACACGAUCGUUUAUCACUCCGAAUUCACUUACCGAAUAUAAUCUCAAGUCCCAAUUGGAAACAAUUCUCGCUAAAUUCGACCAAUCGAUAAUCAUGCAGUUUAAUAUUCUCAUCAAUACAAUGCAUUUGCUUAUUGAAGUUGAUCAACCUUUCUCGAAUUCUGAAAAUGUGGCGCUUAAGCAAAAUCGUUGUUACAAUAGUGAUGGAGGCAGAGAACGAAUUCAGGAUCUAACCACGCAUGAUGCAUCCGAUUAUCGCUGUUUCUGUGUUACUGAGUUCGAUUGUACACAUUCAAUGAAAUAUCUCUUAUACAAUGGUACUCACUAUGAAGCUGAGCUUCGGAUUGAUCCAGUACCAGGUGCGAUUCGAGCCUGUUUCAUUAUUGACUCAGUUCUUCUCUCAACACUCGAAUAUUUAUAUGUGCCUGAAUGUCUGUCAAGCAUACUACACAUCGUAAACGCGUCAUGGGCUUAUAAUAAAAAUGUAACAAAACUACCGUACUUCAAUCCUCGCCCUCUUAUUCACGAUUCAAUGACAAGCCGUUUUCCACCAAAAGCUCCAUUUUCAACGCUGGUAAAAGAGAUGAUGAUAGAAGAAUGGAAUCAAACAUUUUCAUUCGAAAAAUAUUAUAACGCAUGUGCACCGAAUUAUUGCAAAUAUUCCUACGAAGAAAGCACGCAAAGUUUCAUCGAAGUUAUCAUAAAAGUUGUGUCUACGAUCAGUGGUCUCACCAUGGUAUUACGUCUCAUUACAAAUCAACUUAUCAAAUUAAUCUUUCGUCUGUUUAAACCGAAAGUUCAGAGGCAAGAACAAGGUAAUUAUACAUUUGGUAUCGAAUAA